AUGCCGAAAUACGUUCCGAAUGGUGCUGUGACACAAGAUUACAACUUUAUUGUCAACUUGACCACCGCUGUUGCGAUUGUGGUUCAAGUCCCGUUUGUUAUAAUAAAUGCUCGGUUGUUUGUGGUGCUCUAUAAGAGGAGGCAUGUCUUCACGUCGGCGUUUUAUCAAAUCGUAUUUUACAAUGGAAUUGUGGUGAGUUUUGAAGCCGCUGUUCGCAAGAGCAAUCAUUCCUGUGUAAUACCUUAGCCCCGAAGUUUAUUAGGUAUCAGUCCGCCGGGAAAAUAAUGUGGAGAAAAUAAUGUGGCCCCUUGGAAUUGCCAACCAUCGCUAGCCGCCGCUGCAAAUGUCGUGCGCGACUGUAAGGAGAUGAAAUACACAUUAUUUUCCCGACAGACUGAUAUUUGGUGCGUCAAAAACUAUUGACAAAGUCACAGCCCUGGGUCAAUUCUAGCGCAAUUGCGAGAAAGUUGAGGGCCAUUAUCGCUAUUUUUCAGCGACAUUUUUGUUCCUUCCAUAGAGCAAUAAAUGCUUUGAUAAACGAUUAUUUUUUUCUCAAACGACGUCAAAGGUUUACUGUGUGUCAUUUCUUGUAUAGCUGUGUUUGUGUACCGCUAGCAAGAAAAAACAAUUUGGGACCCACGCAUGUCCUAAAAAAACUUUCCAAUUACCUUUCAUUCCUAAUCUUAUUCCUAGCAAACAAUUAUUAAAUUAUUAAAGCAAUGCCCUGGAAUAAACGGUAUAGAUAAACGUCUUUGUGAUUUUAAAGGCACGAUACAACUUGACCACAGAAUUCAAGAGACAGGUAAAAAAAAGCGAGCGUCGCACUUGAGGUACUCCUCUUCUAUUUAUGAUUAAAAAUUUUGCAUUUGUACUAUAGUGAAUCAAUUAAAAAUCGCAUUGAAAAUCGUAUUUAUUUUCAGGACAUCCUCUGCGUGAUUUGCACAAACUAUAGUAUUUCUCUACCAAACCUCUCGGCGUUACAAUGGUUUUUCGACUAUUUCCAUGAGCCCUCCUACAAUUUGAAUAUCAUUUUUGUUUUUGGAAGGUUUUAUUUCAAUUACGCAUCUCAAACCGGGAUAUUGCUGAUGGCCAUGAAUCGGUUUUCAAGUAUUGCAUUGAUGUUUCACUAUGACAAGGUGGGAAACUGUAAAAAUUGAGCGAAAUAUAGUGACGGGCCUGGUCCAGUGGCAAAAAAACAUACCAUUUUGCAUCCCGGAAGUAUCAAAAAUGUGGCAAAAUACCUCCAUUUCCCAGUGAAAGACUCCGAUUUCAAAAGCGCACCCGCUCCUUUUGUGAGGGAAAAAGCGCGCUCUUCAAACCGGAGUUUUUUCACUUGGAGAGGGAGGUAUUUUGCUACAUUUUGUGAUACUUCCUGGAUGCGAAAUGGUACGUUCUUUGCCACUGGAUCCGGUCCUCUGCUGUACUUGGUUCUCCGCCAUUUUUGGCAAAAUUUUGUUAUUUAUAUGUCAAAAUUUCAGCUGUUAAAAAGUUGAGUUUUUAGAUUUGGAAAGAAUAUUGGAAUGUCAUCCUAGUACUGUAUCUUGUGCCUCCUUUCAUAUUCACAUUCAGUUUGCUUUUGAAUCGCAGCAAACUCUACGAAUCUGUCGUCUACGGUAUUACGCUGAAGGGACUUGACUACGAUCAUAGUAUUACUUUCGGUGUAAGUCUUUUGUAGCCGAUACACAGCCUUAAAAAGGAACUGAGCCGAGCUCAUCAAAAUACUAACUAUUUCUAUAACAGAUCCCCAUGGCAGUACGGACAAUAGUUUAUCACGGAAUGGUCAUGUUGAUGGCCUUCGGACUCAACUUGACCACAAUCAUUUUGCUGUGCAAAAAGGGCCGGGGAAGUCGAGACUUCAGCGCAAACUUUUUUGGCUACACAAUUUUUGUUUUUGUUCUGCACGUGGUAUCGUUUGUGACCUUAGUAAGUCAUCUUUUUGUCGAUAAAUUAUAUUAUACUACGAAAACGUUUAAUUUUUUCCAUUGUUUUCAGCUAGCUUACCAGAACUUCCGUCUCGAUGAGACCUACUCGGAUCUGGCAAGAGCUUGGAGUAUCUACCUCGGCGUUUGUGGCAUCCCAAUAAUCAUUUCGGCACUCUCGUUGGCACCGGGCGUGUUGCUGAUCGUGACGUCAAAGGACGUUCGGAACGCCGUGUUCCCGGGGAAAUGGAUUUUCUCCGGCAGUUCGAGUGUCGUUACCAUUUUAAGCACACCAUAUGUUGUAUAA